AUGAGGUCAAUAGAUGCUAGUUUUUUGAAAGAGGCCAUUAAAAGUGAAUUAGACUCUAUAGUUUCUAAUCAUACUUGGGACUUGUCUGAUUUGCCUAAAGGUUGUAAACCCAUAAGUAGCAAGUGGAUAUUUAAGAAGAAGUUGAGACCUGACGGUACAAUUGAGAAAUAUAAGGCUAUACUUGUUAUUACGGGUUUUAAUCAAAAGAAAGACAUUGAUUACUAUGACACUUAUUCUCCUGUGACUAAGAUAGCGACUAUUAGAACUCUUGUUGCUGUAGCCGCUAUUCAUAAUUUGCCGGCCAUUAUCGAGUUGCUCGAGGACAUUGGCCUUGAAGAUGAAGAUGAUAUAGUGGUGACUCUGGUCCCGAAAACUGGGGGCGAAUUUGUCGCCAUUAAAUCUGCUGUGAUUAAACUUGAAGCUUGUUGA